CCUUUUCGCAAACGACCAACAUUCUGUCGUCCCCGCGCGAAGGCCAUGGCCGAGGCGAAGCAACCGUUCGAAGACAAGUACUUGGAUCUGAAGGACGAGAACAUUGCGUUGAAGAAGAAGAAGAAUGAGCAGGAGGACACGAUCAAGAGGAUGUACACAAAACUGGCGAUGCUCGAAGAGACCCUCAAGCGAAAGGAAAAGGACCAAGUGCCGGAAGCCGAUUCCCCAGGCAAAGGUGGCACGGGUGGCAUGUCGUGCAAAAGGGACAUGGAAACGGAGCGGUUCAUCCACGAACUGCGGCGUGAAAAUGCAGCGUUGCGGCGCAAGACGCAAGCCAUGGCAGAGUCCACUCGUUAUGGGCUACAAAGGGAAAGGCAAAAGGCGGCCGCGGUUCACCACCUGAAAAAGAAAUCUCCCUUGCCAGCAGCAACGAAGCCGUCGCCAUCUCACGCACACUCGUCCUCGGCCAACGACAACAAUAACGGACUUGAGGCGCAUUCGUCCAUGGCUCGAGCCAUGCAUCAUCAUUACGCGUCGUCGGCGGCGUCGUCGCACGGGAAGACCGGGUCGCUCGAAACAGCACUGAAAGCUCGCAUGGUGACCGCGGAACGGCAAGUCGUGCAAUUGCAGCGCGAAAACGAUAACUUGAAGGAUGCUCUUGCUGCGCGAUCCCAUCACGCCCACAACAACAACAGCGACCACGACUCGGUCGAACACUUGCAGCGUGAACUGCGCGAUCGCCAGGCACAACUCGUGAUUCUAAAUGCGCGGUUCGACAAUUUAGAGUCCAAAGCGAUGGCGGAGCGCGAGAUCCAAGAAAAAACGCUCGAGCAAAUGGACAAUUUCAACCGGGUCAUCCAUCGGUUGCGCAGCGACCUCCAGGAAGCGCAUGUCGUGCGCGACGAGAUGGAGAAGAAAGUCGCCAAGGCCAAAGAUAUGCGCGACGAGCUCGAGAUACUGCGGGCGCAGAACCAAAAACUCGAAGACCGCAUGACAAACCUGUGCGAAAGUCCUUUCAUCAACGACGCAUUCCAGCGCAAGGAACGGAUCGACAAGCUCGUGGCUCUCGAGUCGCAGACCAAACAGCAGCAACUCAAGAUCGACGCGAUGCACGCCGACACUCAAAAGCACAUGGCGGUCAUCCAAGAGCUCCAGACCAACAUCCGUCUCGUCAAGCAAGCAAAGGACGCCGCCGACCAGGAGCUGCUUCGAGUCAAGCAACUGCUGGACGAAGAGCGCCUCCAGCUUCGGCAAUGGAUGCAUCAACAGCCAACAAGUUCUCCAUUGACGCGACAGCCCAGCAUCGACCCGCCUUCGCCGAAGCAACCACCCCAGCGCCAAGCCACGUCGAAAGCCACGAGCCCCAUGCACCAGCCGCCGUCCGCAUCGGCCACGUCGCAGGAUAUGCCUGUGCCGAUCCAAACCAUUCCAGUGCAACGCGCCGCGGCACUGCCGCUCGUCCUGCGGAAAGGCAUCGUGGACGACCCGUCCCAUACCCCGUUUCUCGAAGGCACGGACGGAGGUCCCCCAGAAAACAAUGUGUCCUAUCUCCGGCACAAAGUGCACACGCUGCAAAUUGCCCACCUGUCGUCCACGCAAGAACUGGAGCGUUGUGAAAAGAUGCUCCAAGCACAGACAAGCAUCAAUCGAGAACUGUCGUUCGAGAUCGAGGAGCUCGUGACGCGCAAGGAUGCGGGCCACACCGCGCUGCGCAAAAAGCUCGACGAGAUCGAGUUGGUUGCCGACACACGACUGCGCAAGAUCGCCAUGCUCGAGGCACAGCUUCGCCAACUCAAGUACAUGCGGACAUCUCGGAGAAAGCAGCAUGGGGCAGACGACAACGACGAGGAUUUGUGGUCGGCCUUGGGCGAUGGCGAAGACGACGGCCCACCCAAGAGCAUCGACGAAAGCACCCUGGACUUGCUGACGGACCCGGCAGUGGACUUGGCCGCUGGCGAAAACUUGCUGGAAAUUUGGGUCGUCGGCGGCGAGUUCGACCCCAAGCACGUCAACGGCACCGGGUGCACCUUUGUCCUGUGCGACUUUUUCGAUUUUGAGUCGCAGUCGACGUCGCUUGUGCUGGGCAACCGUCCCGCAUACAACUUUGCCGCGACGUACAAGAUUACAGCGGACGCGUUUUUCCUACGCUACUUGGCGUCCGAGUCCCUCGCCCUCGAAGUCCAUCAAGCGGUCAAGGGCGACUUCCACGUCGUCGGACGGACAGCGCUGCGGCUGCAUCCGCUCUUGGUCCACUCGACGGGGUCCAUCAAAGACACGGCGACGCCUGUCCGCCACAUCACGACCAACGCCGUCAUGGGCCAUUUGCAUCUCGUCAUUCGCGUCGCCUUGCCACUGACUGAAAUCUGGCAGCUGCACUUGCAAGCGUGUCCAUCCGAUCAAGCGUUCCUUCCCAACGGCAACGUCGCGGCUGCCGACCAUGCCGCCCACGCAGCCGCCGUCGACGUCUUGCCCGACGACAGCCCUCUCAACGAUUUGCAAGUGUCCAUGGUGGCGUGUCGUAAAUUGUACACGUCGACUGGAAUUCCUCCCAGCGCAUACGUGCAUUACCAGCUCCUGGGAUUCCCCGACGUGUUCACGGACAUCGUGCCGUCGUCCGGCGCGCCGACGUUUUCGUCCGAAAAUGGCGGCGUCCACUGGUUCACGCUGUCUGUGGAUCCGUGCCUCAAACAAUUCUUUCGAAAGGUCAAGCUGCGCUGCACAGUCUUUGACGACAACGCCUCCGCCGACAGCUCGUCGUCGGGAGUCCUCGGUGUGUGCGACUUGUCGCUGCGACAGCUCGUGGAUGGCGACCCGGUCGACGGAUGGUUUGAUAUCGUGCACGACUCGUCCGGCGCCGUGGUUGGCGAACUGCUUGUCCAUUUGGCAUGGAAGAAUCCGCUCCAGCUCGUGGAUAGCGCGGCAGCCCACAGCAACGCACUCACGCAAACGCAGGUGCACGAGCUCAUGCAGACGUUCUCGCCACGGCACGACGGCCGCGUCAACUACCGCGCGUUCCUCGUAUAUGCCCACUCGUCCGUGUUCGCGACAGCGCUCUUUCUUGACACCAUCCAAUCGAUUCGGUCGAUGCUGCAUGCCGCGGUGGCCGCAGGGCAUGAAGUGCCGUCGACGGUCGCGUCGGCUACAUCGUCGACGCCGGGCAUGGCGAAGGACUCGCUUGCACGCGUCUUCCACGCGUCAGGACUCACGCUGCCCCCCGACCACGUCCAAGUCCUCGUCGAUGUCCUUGGGGACGUCAAUGGUUUCGUUCACCCCGCCGAGCUGUGGCGGCACAUUGACCCAACUCCGUCGUGCCAGGACCGAUUUGUCGCCCAAAAAUGCCGCGACGUUGUCCGCCAAUUUGAAAUGCGCGAGCGACAGCCACACAAAGUCAAGGCCCCGUUUGAACGGUACGAUCCAACGCACUGCCAUCACGUGUCGCGCGCGGAAUUCAAGCGCGGCCUGGGCGUACUCGGGUUUGUAAUAUACGACCCCCACGCCGAUGAAGCCAAGGCAGACCUCCUUGGCACGCACAACACGGUCGCCCCGAGCAGCACGCCGGAACAAGGCCCAUCGUCUAUGGAGAACGAAGCCGACGCUGAAAUCCUCAAGCCCAUGACGUCGGCUGCAGCGACGACGGAAUUCGAACAGCGAAAAGCUGCGUUCACCAAACGCAUGAAGCAAGCAGCCGACGCGAGCGGCAAGACGAGCUUUGUCUUGGACGCGCCGACGCUUCCGUCAGCCGCAUCAAAUCGACCAUUGCCACCCAGUCGUGCCGCGCGUGUGAUCCAGCAGCGAUUCCGCGCAUUUAUGCAGCAAGGCGUCGCAUCGUCAGCGCACGGUCCCGUCGCGGCCACGCCGCCGCCACUCACCGACGGACACGUCCUCCAUUCGACCCUUCUCGACGUCGAGGCGUUCCUGGCCAACACGCUCUCCGUCACGGACGAUCUCAAGGCCACCCUUGUCCGUGCGUGCCAAGAUAUGGACGAGACGAAGCGCGGACGCCUCAGUCGAAAGCAAAUGACGUUUGUGUUGCGCCCGCUGUGCUUGACGCCGGCGCAUCUUCGCACGCUCUUGGAUGCAUUCCGCGUUGAUUCGUCUGGCCGUGGACAGAAUCUCGUCAUGUAUGCGCCGGUGCUACACUUUGUGCUCACAGUCCAGCAUAUCGUGCCGCCUUUGAUCAAGUGGCUCCAGUCGCUCAUUCUAGAGGAGAACGACAUUGGCCCCUUUGUGCAGGCCGAUAGUAGCGGCACUGGACACGUCCCGUUUCAAGUGUUUGGCGCGUGCUUGCGUCGCAAGUGUCCGCAUUUGUCGUCGGCACAAGUGACCUUGAUUGCUCAACUCUUCGACUUGUCUGGAUUUGGCGUUUGCUAUCGCGCGUUCUUGGACUUUAUGGCGUCGCAGCCGGUGGCUAUCGCGCUGCAAAAGAUCAAAGCGUACCUUCGAUCGUUGCCGCAGCCGACGAAGCAAGCCAUUCAGGUGGCGCUGGCCCAGGUCCCACUGGACGAUGCGCUGACAAAACUCCAGUUGACGACGCUCUGGAAGCAUCACAAUGUCGAGUUGACACCGGCGGAUCAGUCUGUGCUGUGGAAUGCGCUUGAUCCAUCUCGUCUGGGGACAGUGUCCCCCGCGACGUUGUGGACUGUGCUCUUUCAGCCGGCUGCCUCGAAUGCCAUCACCUCGCCAAGCGCCAUGGUACCGCCGCUGGACAUGUCGCUCCUGCAGCAGUUGACUUGGAACUCGCGCCGGCAUGUCGCCCCCGACUCGGACGCGAUCUUGGCGGCGUUUACCAGGUACGACUGGGCGAAAACGGGUGGCAUUGGUGUGCCCGAGUUUGCGGCCGUGCUGCAACAGGUUGGAUUUGUCCUAUCCACCGACGCCUUGCGUCAAUUGGCGCGGCACUUUUACAACCACGGGCACGUCCAGUACGUGCGAUUCCUCCAGUGGAGUCGCCCGCCCGACGUGGCGUAUGCUCAACUUCAAACGCGCCUCCAACACUUUCUUCAACGUGUUGCGGCGACGCACGACAUGUCGAUGGCCGCCGUGGUAGGUCAAUGGCGGCAAGCAUUUCCGUCGCCCCCAGUGUCACGACAAGUGUUUGCGUCGGUCGUGGCCCAGCCACCAUUAGCCCUCCCGCUCAACGCCGCCGAAGUCCGCGCCGUGCUGUCUCAUCUCGACCCCGAUUGCCAUGACGUCGUCGACGUCGAUGCGUUCCUCCGACUGGCCGACAACAACGAAGCAGAUCCGUCAUGCCGUCCCGCCAACCACGAUGACGCCGAUACGGCAGUGUUGUCGACGCUGCAAGGUGUGGUGGCCAAAGCCGGCAAGCACGAAGUCCUUCGACUCUUUGAAGCGUACGACGGCACGAAGAAAGGAGUUGUCGAGCCGGCCAUUUUUGGCCUCGUGUGGCGCAAGCUCGGCGUCGAAUUGAGCCCCGAAGACGUUCACUGGGUCUUUUCCGAGUUUGCCAAGGAUGGCCACCAAUUGGCAUAUCGCAAGUUCCUUCGCCACCACUUAAAGGACCAUGGCACCGGCAAUGCCGCCGACGCCGACAACGACGACAUGGCGGCGGCGCGACGUCGUGGUAAACACCGCGCGCUGCUUGUGCAGAUGUUGCAAACCGCCGCGACCGACCACCCUGAAGACUACAAUGCGUGGCGGCGAGAAGUCGCUUGCCGGACAAAGUCGCGGCCGCACGUUUCCACGGACAAAGCGCUGUCCAUCUUGAUCAAGAGCCAAGACAAUGCCCUUGGUCACCGUGACUUGAUCGACAUGCACUUGUUCGACAAGUUUAUGUACCUGUUUACCAACAACACGAACGAAGAAGCGAGCGGCGAUGAACAAGGCGGCCAAGUGUGUGUGGCCAUGCUCCUGGCGUGCCUGGACAGCGCCGCGCCGUUGCCGCCACCUCAUGCGGUGGCAUCGACGACGGAAGCUCCUCCAUCCGGUGUAGAUUGCACCGCAGUAGAAGACGCAGUCCGCGUGUUGGGACUCGUCCUUUGUCGGUGUGUGGAGCAAGGGAAGGACUACAGGCGCGCCAUCGACCGCCACGACGAUCCAACGUGGCGUGGCGUUGUGGCCCGCCCUCACCUCAAGUCUAGUCUGUUGGAGCUGGGGUUCAACGUCGUGGACGGCGGCAUGCGAUUCAUUGGGACCCUCCUCGGCGCAUUUCGAGACCGGACAGGCCAAGAUCACGAUGCCAUCAACUACAUCCACUUGCUCCAUGCGGGUCGGCGCGCGGCCAAUUUGCCAUCCGACCCGUCGGCCGUCGUAUGGCAGUUGGACGAAGCUUUUCGCGCCCAGGUCCGGCAAAAGUGCCAAGUGACGUAUGGAUCGGAGGCGGGGGUCGGCGACGCUUGUGCUCCCCUCGAGCGCGCGUUCAACCACUUUGACCGGGACGACGUUGGUUUCUUGACCAUGGAGGCGUUUGUUGCGGGCCUGCACGCGCUGCACUACGACCCGUCGGCAGCGGAAGCGCAAGCUCUCUUUGACAGCAUGGCAGUGUUCCGCACCGCCACGCCGCCCGUGGUGUCUCGCGUGGAAUUUGACGCAUUUGUUCUCGACCCGCAUCGCGACGACCUCCUCACCCAUCUUCACUCGCGAGUUUCGUCCUUCUCGCAGCUCUCCCAUGCCCUCGCGGCGGCCGACCCCCGCGGCUCGGGCGAGUUGCCGGUCUCAACGUUUGGAGACGUCUUGGCCGCGCAUGGUCUGCGCGUCAGCCGCUCCGACCUCACGCGACUGCAAUACUUGUUCGACGUGAACCGGACUGGGACAGUCCUGUCGUACAAAUUGUGGCUCCGCGUCGUUGCCCGCGGCAUCGGGACAACAGCGAACGGCGCCGACGAUACCGAUUCCCAUGAUUCUGUGCUUCACGCCAUUCGUCGGACGCUGCAGACGUACUUGGCAAACAACAAUGGUGGCGCGACUCCAGCAGGCACAGUAACGACUGCCGCACGAGCGUGUUUGGAAGCCGCCGACACAACCCAUUCCGGCGCGCUGGCCGUUGCGGACUUCUACCUCACGAUGAAGCACAUGGGGUUAGUGCUCGCUCCGGAGCAAGUUCGGGAACUCGUGCUGCGGUACCCUGGCGGCACCGACAAGAGACAAAUUGAUUACCUGGCGUUGAUGGCAGAUGCAGCGCCGGCUGAACAGGGGGUGAUGGAGCGCGUGAUGAUGUGCAUGGAGGAUGCAAUUGAGCGCGGCGUCGACGUGCUGACUCGGCUGCGACGGUUGGAUGCGACUGGUCAUGGAACGCUGACGGCAGCGCAAUUCCGAGUGGGUUUGGAAGAAUUGGGUGUAUCGUUGUGCGAUGCCGACAUGCCCCAGAUCAUGGCCGGGUUUGGAGGAGAGGCGGGAAGUGCCGUGGAGCUACGGCAUGUGCUGCAGCAUGUACGGGUCCAAACAACCAAGGGACUUCUCCGAAAACUGGUCCCGUUGUCGGAUGCAGCAACCGAUAGACCAUCUUCCAUGGACAGGACGACCUUUGCGUCGUUUUGCGCGGCACAAGGCAUCGCGGCACUGACUGCUUCUCAAUGGAAAGUGCUCGAAGAGCAAUUUGGGACAACGUCGCAGGACGCUGGUGUCACGAUCGAUGUUGGGCGGGUUGUGCAGAGUGUGCGGGCAGUGGGGGUGCAAGCCGUGCUCCACCAACUUUGCGAGGGUUUCAAAGCGGUUGGAGCCGUCGCCAAAGAUGUCGGACAGGCCUGUCUCGCGCACGAUGACGACUACACCGGUCAAAUCUCCACGUCGCAGUUCUUUGGCGUGCUGGACAAAGUGAUCGGGACACAGAUGUCGCCAAGCGACAGGCGCCUCCUCCACCAUGCUCCGUGGAUCGUGCUGGAUCGCGUCCACUACCGCGACUUUGUUGCGGCCGCCUUCCAUGCACACGUGUGAAAUGUCCAUGAGCCCAUCAUAGGAAGUGCGCAAUUCGGCGAACUUGAGCGGGUCGGACGUGAUAUAAUUGAAAUGUCGGCGUCG